AAUCCAGUCUCCCUUUUUCCUUUAUUUCUCCAGUUGUGUUCUUAAAGUAAGAAGCAAAAUUGGUGUUUCUCAAGACCUUAAAACCCAGAUUUUCUACUUCAAUAUAAUCCUUCUUCUCCCUCUUUCAUUAUAUUUCUUCUCUCACCAUUAUUUUGUCUUCAAGAAUUUGAUUAAUCCCUCUUCUUGUAUUAGAUUUUCUUUCCUUUUUCUCUUUUUGCUUCUGUUUUUGUUUUGGGGUUUUCAAUUCCCAUUUGAUUCGCCAACCCUAGUGGAUGAAACCAGCUCAGUUCAUAGUCCAAAGAUUGAAAACAAAUUGGGUAUUAUUCCUUCAAGUUGCAUAAAGUUGUGUGCUGGGCAGGAGCGGAGACACAAAGCUCGGAAAGUACGAAAGAGUACAACGUCGUACAAGAUGGUUCGUAUAUGCAUAUAUACGGAGGGAGGUGAUGAGAUGUGAAUCCAAUUUUCCGGCGAUUAUAUUAAUUGAUGAAGAGAAGUGUGCCGCCGUCGCUGCUGCCGCCGGUAACCGGAGAAAUUAAAGGAAGCCAUGAACAAGAGUGGAUCUGAUCUCAUUGAUGCAAAGCUUGAGGAGCAUCAGCUUUGUGGAUCCAAACACUGUCCCGAAUGUGGUCAUAAGCUUGAAGGAAAACCUGAUUGGGUAGGUCUACCAGCUGGGGUGAAGUUUGACCCAACAGAUCAAGAAUUGAUAGAGCACCUUGAAGCAAAGGUACUAGCAAGAGAUCAAUCCAAAUCCCAUCCUUUGAUUGAUGAGUUCAUUCCCACCAUUGAAGGGGAAGAUGGCAUUUGCUAUACUCAUCCUGAGAAACUUCCAGGUGUUACUAGGGAUGGACUGAACAGGCAUUUCUUCCACAGGCCAUCAAAGGCCUACACCACCGGGACCAGAAAACGGAGGAAAAUCCAGACGGAAUGCGAUCUUCAAGGCGGCGAAACGCGGUGGCACAAGACCGGAAAAACCAGGCCGGUGAUGGUGCACGGGAAGCAGAAAGGGUGCAAGAAGAUCCUGGUACUCUACACCAACUUUGGGAAGAACCGGAAGCCCGAAAAGACUAAUUGGGUGAUGCAUCAGUACCAUUUAGGGCAACACGAAGAGGAGAAGGAAGGAGAGCUCGUGGUUUCCAAGAUCUUCUAUCAGACCCAGCCCCGCCAAUGCAACUGGUCUUCGGAGAGGAGUACUGCCGGCGCCGCCGCCGUCGGCGGCGGCGCCGGCGAAGCUAGCAGUGAGCCCACUAGCUGCUCUUCUUCCAAGGAAAUCAACGUUGGUUCUUCCCAUAGAGAUGAGCUUUCUGCCGCUGUUGUUGGUGCGGCCAUGUCGAGUUACACCGCCAUGGACAUUCAACAACUCAAAGCUGACCAUUUUGGCUUUCUUCCCUUCCGAAAGAACUUUGAUGAGCAGGCCGGAAUCGGAGGAGGAGAAGGUUCAAGGGCAAUGGAAGGUGCUGCAGCGGCGGUGGCGGAGCAUGGAGGCGCGUGCGAAGAGCGUGACAUCUCCGAUCAACACCAAUCACAUGCAUAUCACGUGACACAUGACCCUCCCCAACAUCAUCAACACCAUCAUCACCACCAUCAAAUUGCAGCAACACAAUUCCACAUCAUCUCUCCUCCUCCUCUCCAUCACGCUUCAGUCAAUAUUCUUGACCACAAUAUUGACCCCUUCCAAGUCCCCAGAAUGUUACUCCCUAAUGAUAAUUUCCAGUGUUUUUGGCAGCAAGCACAACAGCAGCAGCAGCAACAAGAAGGGGGAAGAUCAACAUCUGGAUUGGAGGAACUCAUAAUGGGCUGCACUUCAACUGACAUGAAAGAGGAAACAUCCAUCCCAAAUCCACAAGAAGCAGAAUGGAUUAAGUACUCAUCCUUCUGGCCCGACCCGGACAAUCCGGACCAUCAUGGGUAGGAUACCUAUAAACAAAAUCUACUAAAAGAAAAAUCUCUCACAUACACACAAUACUAUACUGCAAGUGACCCAAAGGGCUCUCUUCUCUGAACUAUUUCCUCAAGAAUCCAUAUCGGAAAAGCAAGAAAAGGGAAGAAUACCAAAAUAAAAAAAAAUGGAAUAAAAAAAUUUAAAGAAAAAGAAAAGAAAGCCAAGAGAGAAAGGCUGCUCCCUCCUGAACUAAAGAUUCGGAGAAGAAGCAUCAUCAUCAUAGCAUCAUCAUCAUCAUCUUUAUUUUAUUUUAUUAUAACUUUCUUUUCUUUGUAUAAUUUUCUUUGUUUUAUUAUUUCUUUUACAUAUAUGAAACAAAAAGAACAUCAUAUAUAGGAUGUAUACGUGUACAUAUACAUACAUAUAUACAUGUAUAUAUAUGUAUGUAUGCAUGUGCAAAGUAUGAAUAUUUAACAAACUUCCUUACACAUGCAUGUGUCACAUUUUAAUUUGGAGUAAUUAGAAAUUUAUAAUGCUAGCUA